CCUUCUUACUUCCAUCUAAGUGGGUGUGUGAGUGAGAAAGAGAGAGAGAGAGAAAAUCACUCAACAAUACUUUCAUUCACUCAUUUAUCAAAAAGUGUCCAGUGAAACAGCAGCAGCUGAAAACUUUCCGGACAUUUUAACUUGUGACAACAAACAAGAGGCAAAUAUCUUCCCUUAACUUCAUAUUAAAGCACGAUGGUUCAGAUUAGGAAAAUAUGCUGUAUAGGUGCUGGUUAUGUUGGGGGGCCAACGUGCAGCGUCAUCGCCAGCAUGUGUCCUGAGGUUACCGUGACAGUGGUUGAUGUGAAUGAGACCCGAAUCAAAGCCUGGAACUCGGACACUCUUCCCAUUUAUGAGCCUGGCCUGAACGAAGUUGUGUUGUCGUGCCGCGGCAAGAACCUUUUUUUCUCCACUGACAUCGACGCGGCCAUCAAGGACGCAGACUUGGUCUUCAUUUCGGUAAACACUCCCACUAAGACGUACGGGAUGGGAAAGGGCCGAGCGGCUGAUCUGAAGUUCAUCGAGGCAUGCGCGCGGCGGAUUGUGGAGGUCUCUGAUGGUUAUAAGAUUGUGACGGAGAAAAGCACGGUGCCAGUGCGAGCCGCCGAGAGCAUCCGCAGGAUUUUUGAUGCCAACACGAAACCCAGCCUUAACCUACAGGUGCUUUCCAACCCAGAGUUUCUUGCUGAAGGGACAGCUGUGAAGGACCUCAAGGAGCCGGAUCGUGUUUUGAUUGGUGGAGAUGAAACUCCUGAAGGUCAAAAGGCAAUCAGGGCACUGUGUGAAGUGUAUGAGCACUGGGUGCCUAAGUCACGCAUCAUCACCACCAACACGUGGUCAUCUGAGCUGUCCAAAUUAGCAGCAAACGCAUUCCUGGCUCAGCGUAUCAGCAGUAUAAACUCCAUCUCGGCUCUGUGUGAGUCCACCGGUGCUGACGUGGAAGAGGUGGCCAGAGCCAUCGGCAUGGACCAGCGUAUCGGCAACAAGUUCCUCAAGGCCAGCGUGGGCUUUGGAGGAAGCUGUUUCCAGAAGGAUGUGCUGAAUUUAGUGUAUCUGUGUGAGGCACUAAAUUUGCCUGAAGUGGCCUCUUACUGGCAGCAGGUGAUUGAUAUGAAUGAGUACCAGAGGAAAAGGUUUGCAUGCAGGAUCAUCGACUGUCUCUUUAACACCGUAACAGGGAAGAAAAUUGCCUUGCUAGGCUUCUCAUUCAAGAAAGACACGGGGGACACCAGAGAGUCAUCCAGUAUCUAUAUUUCUAAAUAUUUGAUGGACGAAGGAGCCAAGCUGCACAUCUUUGACCCUAAAGUGCCAAAAGAACAGAUCAUACAGGACCUGUCCCAACCCAGCAUCUCUGGAGACAAUCCUGAGAGAGUAUCUGAGCUGGUAACUGUGUCAUCAGAUCCUUAUGAAGCCUGUAAAAGUGCGCAUGCACUAGUGAUCUGCACCGAAUGGGACAUGUUUAAGGAUCUGGAUUACGCACAGAUUUAUCACCAGAUGCUGAAGCCAGCAUUCAUAUUUGAUGGCCGCAGAGUCCUCGACCACUUACACCUCCAACUACAGAACCUCGGGUUUCAGAUUGAGACAAUUGGAAAGAAGGUGAUGACCAGGCUUCCUUUCACACCCACGAACGCAGUCCCCAGGAUCACCCUCAACGAACCACCAACUAAGAAAUCCAAAGUCUGAGACAUGGGUUUAUUGACUGUCUUUUAAAACUGAUGCUGAGCUUGUAAUUCUCCUCUCGCAGCACCGUGUCCUACAGCUCCCUCAUCAUCUUUAGAGAACAUCAUGCUGCUGCAUGUACGAUCAGUAAAGAAUUUUGCAGAUUUAAAAAAAAAAAAAAAAGUAGAAAUCCCUUUCACUUUGAGAACGUUUAGUUGUUCAGUCCUCGUUUUUGAGCGUGACGUGUUGUUACACGUAUAAUUGCAGUGAAAAAACAAACGCUUUUGAGUGUUUGUGCAGAGCCGUUAGUCAGGUUUUAUACAGCGUGUCUGAAGUAUGAUGGAUGAUUGUGAUUAAUCAUGUCAUGUGAGAUAUGUGAACUUUAUAAAAAAAAAACGAUCAUUUCAUAUUGUACAGAUUAGUAACACUAACAUGUAAUAUGGUUUUAAGACUUUCUUAAAUGCAUAUGGACCAAUUAAAACUUAUUUUCAUGAAAUAAAACAAGUGAACAAAU